AUGAAGAUUGCCUGGACACUCGCCGCCCUUGCAUCAGCCCGUGGGUUAGGAGAAGAAGAAGACCAAAGAAUCUGGAGCCCAGAUUUGACCGAAGCACAGAUCACCCAAAAUCUCCAAAUCGGCGAGACUUUCAGCUGGUCCGUUCCGGUGUUCCCGGAUGGCAACGGAGACCCACGAUACUUGCCCAACCAGUACUACCGGAUCUACGUCACGGUUCCGGAAAAUACUGCAGUCAAACUCUCGUUCGGCGCCGUCUUCGACGUUGAAGAGCCUGGCAUCACGAAUCAGUGCACAAACGAUGCUGCCAUCGUCUUCAACGGCCCAGACGGCAAUUACGAGCUCGGCCGAUACUGUGGAAACUCGCUUCCUGAGCCCGUCUUCGGCACUCGACAGGACAUGACCCUCGUCUUCAAAACCAACGAAAACUCCGUCGUCCACGAAGGAUUCACGGCUACUUUCGAAGUCAUCGAUUUGGAAGAACACGUCAUCUCCUGGAAUUUGAUUCACAACGCUUUCGAGGAUCUCAAAUCCGAGAUCUUCGAGGGUCACGAUCAUAAGCGAGAUCACAUUCAGGACAAAAAGGCAAUACACUUCCAAAGAAUCUACAAUCGAUUCGCUUGGAUGAGCAUCCACAGCAGAUCUGACGGCCAGUGCGCAGUGCCAGCCGUGCCGACUUCAGAAGGCUUCAUCCCACCAACAUCGGAUUACAGCGAUCCUUGCUAUGCCAUCGGCAAUUUUAUCCACUCGAUCCGCAGCUUUCACGCUGCCUAUGUCUGCCAGGAUAAUAUUCCGAUGGACGCUGAAAAUCGACGAAAAAUUCCAUCAAAAACCCUGCGGAUGCUCAAGACCCAGGAAGACAAUUUCACCAAUAAGAAAUUCCACGCAAUGGGCUGCCUCUUGUAA